GGUGUGGCCAAAUUCCUUCAAAUAUGACAGAAGCAGUUAAAACUGCUAUGAAAACACAGCUGCUGGAAAACUAAAUGUCUGUUUCCAAUCAGUAGAUACGGGUGCUGGGAAACACUCUUUAUUGCGGAAGCUAUUGCUAAGUGAAUAAAAAAAAAAAAGGUAAAAUUGCUAUAAGUGAAGUCAGAGGAAGUGCCAAGAUUUUUUUCUCAUGGUAAGAGAGAGCAAGACUUUCAGCAGAUAAAGAGAAGGCUGAUCAGAGAACAGCAGAGCUGCUCCGUCUUCUACUUCCUCAGCUUUCCCCCUCUGUUCUGUCAUGGAAGAUGCUGCAUUGGAAAAACUCGGCAGCCUUCUGGAAAUCUCAGGGUUAAGAUCUUCUCUGUAAAUCCACCAGGCAGAAAGCUCCAGAGUUUCUGUGUGACGAUGGCUGCUCCGUGAUCCCGCCACCGCUCCCAUGGAGGCUACAGUCACCGUUUCCCCUUCUCCCAACUCCUCUUCCCCGACUCCCCUGCGUCCGGCUGUGGCCCCGUCUGUCCAGCUCGGUUUCACCGCCCUCUACACCACCUUGUACGGGGGCCUUUUCUUGGUGGUGUACAUCCAGCUGUGGCUGCUCUUUGUCUACAAACACAAGAGAUGGAGCUACCAGAGCCUCUUUCUGUUCCUCUGCCUGCUCUGGGCUGGCCUGCGCACCACGCUGUUCUCCUUUUACUUCCAUAACACCGUGGAAGCCAACCACCUCCCUGCUGCUGCCUUCUGGCUGCUCUACUGUUUUCCUGUGUGUCUGCAGUUCUUCACCUUCAGCCUCAUCAAUCUUUACUUCACUCUGUUAUUACUGAAGCUCAGGGAUACUUACAGUUCAGUGACACAGAGAAAACAGCUGGCGCAGUGUGCCUACGGAGCCAUAAGCAUCAUCUUCCUCUGCAUCAACGUGACGUGCGCUGCUCUGGGGGAACGAGGCAGCAGCGGAGAGAAAGGGAAGCACACCUGGAAGCUGGUGUUGGUCAGAGUUAUUGUUAAUGACCUGCUGUUCAUUUUGGAUGCGGUGUUGCUGGCCACCGUGCUGCUGCUGCUGACCCGGCACUCCCGCUCCUUUGGCCCCUACCUGAUGAGCAAGGGGACCACGGUGUGUCGCACAGCAGCUCUGGGUGCCGCAGUGAUCUUCCUGUUUUUCAGCCGAGCCUGCUACAACCUGACGGCCCUGCUUCUGUCCCAGAGCUAUAAGGUGGAAUCCUUUGAUUAUGACUGGUACAACAUCUCAGACCAGGCCGACUUGCAGAGCGAACUCGGCGACAGAGGCUACCUGGCCUUUGGUGCCAUCCUCUUCAUUUGGGAGCUGCUCCCAACCAGCCUGCUUAUCCUCAUCUUCCGAGUUCGCCAGCCUGCUCAGGAUACCAGCAGCAUAGACAUCAACAACAGGAUUCUACCUCGUCCAUAUUUCUUUGAUGAUUCUGAAGGCAGCGAUGAUGAAAUCCCUGCUCCUUGGGCUCACAGCUCAUCUCAGAACCAAAGCUGGUACGGAUCAGAGACUGCGCCCCUGCUGUUUGCCAACAAUCCUGCAGACCAGAACCACCAGCACCAUUCUUUCUAUUCCACCCCUCAGAACUGAAGGCCAAAACGUCAUCUGCUGUUGGAUUUUUACCAUGCUCAUUGGGCCAGUGACCUCAGGGGGAUGAGGACCGUAUGUGCAGCUACCGACCAGUUGUACCUCCCACUCUGUGGUUGAAUUUGCACUGAAAACCUCAGGAAAGCUAAAAAGAUGCACCUUGUAGUUGUUUUUAUUUUUUAAAAAGAGAGGAGAUAUAUUGACUCUUUCUAGACUUAAAGGGAACACUGUUGUUGGGAGAGGACCUACAUGACGUGUCCAUGUGAGCUUCAUAAAGGUCAAACUAAGCAUUGUUUAUUUAUUUGCAUAUUCACUGUGAAUACAGGAGCUAAACUAACUCUUAUAGUUGAUAAGACAACCUCUUUACCUUCAUCUACAUUCCUGAAUGGAUUCAAAUCAGCUUAGUCCAUAACGUAAGUCCAGUCCCGUAAAAUGGAACUUUAUGAAACAUGUUGAAGUAGAUCUGAAACAGACUAAAAUACAAAUAAUAUAUAUCCUACAGACUUUAGUCUUUUUAUUUCUGACAGUGGGCUUUUAUGUUUAUCUCCAUCCUUAGCAUAGCUGCAGCUACUAGAGUGUAGUUUCUGUUUCUGGGUCAAUAACUCAUCCUGCAUUUGUCCCUGAGUUUAUUUUUAAGCAGUUGAUUUUAGUUCUCCUGUAUGAGUUCAUGCGUUAGAUUGGAUGUUUUUAAUUUAUUUAUGUAUUUACAGUCAUUGUUUCAUCUGAAAACAAACUCUCUGCCAUUCACCUGUGACACCGGCUACAUCUACAACACACCAAUAAACGUUGACAUAAACCAGGUCAUCUUGUUGCUAGGCAGAAAAUCUUUCUGUGUAAAGUGGAACCCAGCAAGCUUUGAAUGUCUGUUGGUGCCAAUAAAUGGGAUCAGAUCAA